CAGUUAAGUGUCAACAUGCUUUUGUAAUUGAAGUUGAUUGAUUUAUAUUAAAGUUGUUCGUUUAAUUAUCAUCCUCUUUUAAUCAAUUAAAGUGGACAUGGCAGGGUAUAAGAAUGUGUUGGAGUCUGUGCGGGAGGACGAUUUUGUAGAAUACUACUUGUUUCCGAAACCAAGUGUUUUAAAUGAUAACAAAGAAGAGGAAAUAAUGAUUAGUAGUGUACUUAGAGAAGCUAAACAGAUAAUAAAAAAGUUUGUCAAUAAAUACAUUUGGCAUAGAGAUGAGUUUGUUUUGUCUGCUAGGACUGCUAUUUCAAAUAUUCUAGCUAAUGAGGAAGACAGAGAACUAUUGCCUUCCCAUUUGUAUGGUAUAACACACUAUGGGGAUAACAUUGAAGAUGAGUGGUUCAUUAUUUAUCUACUUAUGCAGCUAACCAAAGAAAUUGAUGGAUUAAUUGUAAGGGUCACAGAUGCAGAUGGUGAAUUCUUGUUGAUUGAAGCUGCAGAUCAUUUGCCUCCUUGGGCUAGGCCAGAGAAUUGUGAGAAAAGAGUUUAUUUAUACAAAGGUUUGAUUCACAUUCUUGCACCUGAAGAAGAAUGUGCUGAGGAAGAUUAUUCAGAUGUACAAGUUGCAAAUGCUUUAAAAGAAAUUCGUAACAAUCCAUCAUUAACUGUGGCAUCUCCACAAAUCCAACAGGCCAUACUUAACAAAAUAAAAGAAUAUCCAGAGAAGAUAUUAGAAAAUCUUCACCGAACAAAUAUUUAUCUGCCAAUUGGCUUAGCUGCAAUUCUUCAACACAAGCCGAAUUUAAUAGCGCCAGCUGUACUUGCAUUCUGCAAUCGCGAUAGCGUCGACCUGAAAGCUUGCAAAGCUAUGAAAUAUUUCCCUCCUGAAAAUCGAAUUUAUUGCAAUGUUACGUUCACAAAAUGUCUUUACGCUAUGUUAACUCAUAGUAAAUACAAUCCGGAGAGAAAAACCGGUUGGAAUUUGGUACCAGUCUCUGAUCCAAAACAUAAAUCGCAAAGCUUAGGUGUCAAAGUUGCGUGCGGCUUUGAAAUCUUAAUCUCUCAGGCUAAGCCUAGCAAAGACAUUGAAGGAGACAAGGGUUGGCACAAUUACUUAGAUAAUUUGCAGAAGAAAGAUUACUUUCGAGAUUUGUUGGAGCACUCUCAGGAGUAUAACAACUUAUUAAAUAAAGCCAAAGAGUAUUACAUUAACAAUGGUGAUUCGAUGCAUUAUACGCCGGCCGUAGGCCAAGAAAUUUUAGAUUUAAGUAAGAAUUUGGAUUAUAAUCUGGAAGAUCUGAAGAAGCUAGAAUCUAAAUUGCCAGUAGACGAUGACGAAGAAUGGCUUAACAUCUCUCCAGAAGAAUUAGAUAAGAUGCUAUUGGAACAAUAUGGCCAAAAGAAAGCAUUGCAUGUUAGGAGCGGCGAAGAUGCUAGUAACUUUACUCAGAAAAUUAACAAGUUCUUGAAUCAUAUAUCCGAUGUUGAUGGUGCAGAAUUUCCCAAAGAAGAAAUUCCAAUUAGACCGCCCAGAACUAAAAAAGUUAACGAUAACAAAGUUAACUUUGAUGCAAAUUCAUUCUCUUGUGCAGUACAGAAUAUUCUUAAUUUUGUUAUACCAGAAGACGAUAGCUGGGAUCUUGAUUCAGAUUCGGAUAUGGAUGAUUACGGGAAAGAGGAAGAACCGCCCAUGGAUUAUGGAGAGUUGAAAAAUAAAAUGCAAGAGUAUAUGAAGCAGAUGGAUCAAGAAUUAUCCACAACAACUAUUGGAAAAAGCUUUGAGACUAAAAAAGUUGAAGAUUUCGAAGACAUUGAAAGCUUUAAGCCGGUUGAUAUAGAUAUGAAUGCACUAAAGAAUAUUUUAGAGAGUUACAAGUCGCAAAUGGGGGAGGCCGGACCUUCUACCAAUAUGCUUGGCCCUAUGGGCGUUCAUUUGGAAAAGGCGGAGCAAAUGAAUGACUCCGAGUAAAUGGAUUUCAUAAUUUGUUAAAAUCUUGCAUGGUGCUUAAGUUUCGAUUACUCUAUAUAUCUUUAAAUAUUGUUAAGCUAAUUUUCUUCUGACAGCUCAAUAUCAUCUACUUUAGAAACUACGAUAUUCUUCGUUCUUCCUAUCUAUAUAAAAAAUGAUUAUCACUGUAGCGAAUUAUCAUUUACUGCCACAUAAUUAUUUAUAUUUUUUAUACCUUUAAUUACGAUUAAAUCAAAUAAUUGAAGACUAUGUUUGUUUACCUUCUAUAUAUUAUGAGUAAAAUAAACAGUAACAAAAGAGA